GAGGCUCUGGGGCCUGUUAUGUGGGCAGCAGCGGCCCCAGGAGCCCAGCCCUCAUUCCCAGCAGGGGGCAUCGCCCUGCCCGGGCUCUGAGGAUCUUUCAGCCCCCUCAGACCAGGAGCUAGAAGAUCCCAGCACCAUCAGCUCAGCACGGGACAGCAGCAGUGCCUGGGGCUCCAGCAGCAGCGACGCCUCUGGACGCUGCUGCUUUGUUCCAGGGACCCCCACGGAGUCAGCGGCGGAGGAAUGGCUGGAGAUGACCACAGAGGAAGCUGCUCUCAAGGUCAUCGGAGAGCAGCUCCAGGGCAGAGACAAGUGGGUACAGGAUGAGGGGCAGCAGCUCAGGUUCCUGCGGGCCAUCUACCCCGCGUGUCUUGCUGCACAGGACAGAGGGCAGGACACGCUGGAGCCGCACUGCUGCAAGGCGGCUGUGGUGGAGAGGAUUGUGGAGCUCAUUGAGGAGCUUCCUAAAGACUCUCCACCCAGCGAGAUCCUCGCCAGCUGCCUGGCUGCUGUGGGCAACCUCAGCACCAUGAAACCAGCCCUUGAGCCUGAGCUAGAAUCCCGCCUCUUGCAAGCUGCCCUUGGCUCGGUCUUCAUCCUGGGCACGGAGACGGACGCCACCGACAUCCAGGCGCUACACAAAGUCAUGCCAGAGCUCCUGGAUGCUGUGCUGGGGAACCUGCUGGCAGAGUCCCCAGACGCAGGCAGGCUCCACUUCAUCUUGGAGCAUGUCAACCGCUGGAUUGUGUCCAGGGUGCCCCAGGAGAGAGCCAGGGCCAUUAAGAGCAGCACGGCCCUGCUGAGAUUUGCAGUCACCCUCCCUGAGUUUGACAUCUCAGCAGAGUUCCCUAGGCUGGGUCAGCACGUGGCCCAGCUGGCUCUGUUUGUGAGUUACCCAGACCAGGACAUCAGCCGGCAGGCCAGGGAGGGGACUUACCGGCUGUACCAGCUGCUGCUCGAACAGAGGGGGCUGAGCAUACACGAGGUGGAGGAUCUGUGGUGCCACAACUGGUACCAGGACAGCAGGCUCCUGGGCUAUCAAAACACAGCCAGGGUGGGGGAGGUCUUUGGAAAAUUCUUCUCUGCGGGGCAGAGGAAAUGCUUCCUCAAGACAGCCGUGCCAGCGAUCUACAACCCCCUGCUGUGCAUUAGCCAGGCUGGGCUUCUCCUCACAUACGCCAUCCUGGGGGAAGCCGAGCAACUGCUGGGGUACACGCUGGAGGACAUCACCGCCAAGGUGAUGGGUCAGCUCCGCAGCAUCCGGCAGCUGCACCAGGUGCCUGAGGUGCUGCAAGGGCUGAGCCUCACCUGAUGCCCUUAAAGGUCCCCCCUCAGCAACUCCCGCUCCCUGCUGCAGAUCUUCGCACGGGUCGGCUUGCUGCAGGAGACACUGACGGACAUCAUCAUCUACAGUGCCAACUGGAAGGAACAGCUCCAGCUGCGGCGCUGGGCAGAGCAGGACUCACCGCAAACC